CUUUGUUGUUCUUUCUUCAGGAUGCAACAGUGUGAUGCCACAGCAGAAACGGAGAGGCGCCUGCCGACGCUAGGUGUCACCCUUGUGACUUUGAAAUCGGCCUUCCCCCCGCACACACAGACACAACCCCUUCCCUUCCCCCCGAUGGAGCAUGGAGGCUGAGCGCGCCGGUGAGAGUCGGGCAGACUGGCUGCCGGUGAUGGGGGAGUGAGGGGGAGGGCGUGCGUCUGAGCAUUUGAGGAAGACAGAAAAAAAGGAGUGGGGGCGUCUUGAAGCUUAUCUGAAUGAGAAAAGUGAGAUUCCAGGCAUGGGGGGGUGACAGUCUGCAAGCGCACUGAGGAGCUUCAUAUUCUGGGGGGAGGCCACGGUGGGGGCCCUCUGUGAACUCCCACAUCUUAUAAUGUCGCCUUGGAUUACAUGGAGAUAAGAGAGCUGGAAUAAAAGCAUAAUUCAUGUGUUGUUCUUUUAAUGUGAUGAUCGGGGGGAGGGGUCAGCAGCUCCCAUAUCAUGAUUAACCCUCUUACCAAUAGAUUUCAAAGCUAUUUGUUAUCAUUCACAGAAUACAAGCUAAUUACCUCUUUAAUUAAAGCUGUAUGGAGCGGUCUGUAGGUGAUGUGUUCAUCCAAAAGUUUGGAGAAAAUUAUUUCCUUCUAACCUUCAGAUAUUUAAAUGAGCAGCUGAGCUAAAAAAAAAAAAGGUCAACUCGUUGCUUCAUGCAAACCAUCCACACUGAAGCCGAUAGUUCUGAAGUUCAAAUACGUCCUUAAACGCAUCAGUGGAACUUUACGUUGAUUUAAAUUAGUGCGUAAUGUGUGCGCAUUUGGAUCAACGGAACCACAUAAAAAUGCGGCACAAAGUAGGUCUGGAAGAACGACGAGCACAGUAAACGAACAGUUCUAAAAAAUAAUAAUAAAAAAACAAAAUAAAAAGUAGUUGCUCCAAUGAAAUCUGUGCGCAAGGACACCCACUUCCUCCCUUUUUGGGCACCCCAGACCCUCGUUUUUUUUCUUCUAGCGUCCGUCUUCAGCACAGAUGCUGCGCGUUGACUCGCUUGUCUGCAGGAGAACAGGUAGUUGGCCGUGUUUCAUUGCUGUACUUUGCCCCACCCACCAGCAGCUCCAGCCCCCCUGUGUAACCCCUGAUUGGCUGGAAGGAUUGCGGGUCCUGAGACUGAGCGCUCAGCUCUGAGCUGCGCGUCUGCCAGUGUGCACCAGCGGAGCGAGAGGAGCGCUUGUUGGAGUCAAACUAGACAACCUACUGGCAAAGGAAUGGACAUUUCUGUUUCUGCAUCUGCCCGGCUGGAUAUAAGGUGGUGCGCUUGAGUUUGCUGCAGCUCAUCAUGAAAUGCGUUUUGAACGCACAGUAGGCUCCGGCACCGCUUCAUCUCCUUUUGGCUUCCUUUUCACAGGAUAUUUUUUCUUUUUUUAUUUGUAAAAGUGUUUUCUUUCGUACUGAACAUAGGGAUACGGAAUCGUUUUUCCAAGUGAGACACUGAGGAUUUAAUUAGUGCGUAAAGCUUGAAGACUUCCUAUGGGGACGAAACCUGCUGGAAAUAAAAAGGUGUCCGGGACUUGAGAGAUGUGAUGAGACAUUCCUUCUUUUGCAUCCUUCUCAAAAGAAAAAAAAGCAUUCGGACUUUGGCUGCAGAGGCAUUUUCUUCAUCAAAUGUCCAAUUUUUCAAUAAAAAAGACAGCUCUCUUUCUGAGAAGGAAAUAUAACCCCAGCGUGUAGAUGAAUCACCCAGAACAAGAUGUGCGUCCAAACUGCGACUUAAACACUGACUGAUCAUCAGGGCGGAGAAUUUAACGGGAACUUUCACUUCUAAUCCUGCGCGGACUGAAGGGAGGUUAACAUUUUUUGGUGGACUUGCUCAGAAGGAAUUCUCAUCUCCCACUCCACGCACUUCCAGCUCCUUCCCUCCCCUCAGCUGCAACUUGAAAAUGCACAGUUCAUCAAACGAGUCAAGUGUAAGUCCAGUUUGCUGCUUGUUAGGAGCUGAGCGGAUUUACUCGACCAAAUACUCCAGUAUGAGAGGAUUCAGCGUGUUUUUUGUGAAGCUGUUGUCCUCGGCGUUGCGCCCGCUGCAGUAGACGGGAGGAUGACAGAAGAGUGAAAUAAGCUCAAUCACUUUUUCGAAUCAAAGCUUUCAGACCAUGAUAUGAUCUACACGCUGAAGAGGUAUCCGCCAUCUACAAUAUUUUUAUUUUCCUGGACGUUUUAUGAAGAUGACUGGCGUGCGUAAUUUGGCCAGAUUUCUCUGACGCGCAUCCGUUUGCGUAAUUGUCAGACUUUUAUUAGGCAGAUAAAUAACUCAACAGGUACAAUGCCAGGCAAGGAGAUGGAAUUAAUGCAAAUAACUACAGUGUUCCUCCUGUUUUGGGUCGUAACCGAAGCUGUUAUUAACCUAAAAUACGGAAUAAACGAGGAGAUGAAGCCCGGCUCCGUGAUUGGAAACGUGACAAAGGACGCGCUCAAGCAAGGAUUUCAAAUUGCACCGCAGCCCCCCUAUUUAAGGGUGAUUUCGAAUUCGGAACCGCGAUGGGUGGAACUGAGUCCCGCUGGUAUCCUCACAACCCAAAUGAAAAUAGAUCGGGAUGUAGUUUGCCGACAAAACCCAAAGUGCAUUAUUUCCCUAGAAGUGAUGUCAAACUCCAUGGAGAUCUGUGUGAUCAAAGUUGAAAUCGAGGAUUUGAAUGACAACGCGCCCAAGUUCCCAACCAGCCACAUUGACAUUGAAAUUUCCGAGAAUGCCUCCCCUGGUACCAGGUUUCCCCUAGAGGGGGCAAGCGAUCCCGACUCGGGGAUCUUUGGAGUGCAGUCAUAUUCCAUCACUCCAAAUGAGCUUUUCGGAUUAGAAAUUAAAACCAGGGGUGAUGGGUCGAAAAUAGCUGAGCUUGUUGUGCAAAAAUCUUUAGACAGAGAGACCCAGUCUCAUUACUCAUAUGAAAUCAGCGCAGAGGAUGGAGGAGACCCUCCAAAGAUAGGCGCGGUUCAGUUAAACAUCAAGGUAAUUGACUCUAAUGACAACAACCCUGUUUUUGAUGAGCCGGUGUAUACCGUUAAUGUGAUGGAGAAUUCCCCCAUCAAUACAUUAGUCAUAGACCUGAACGCAACGGAUCCUGACGAGGGAACCAAUGGGGAGGUUGUGUACUCCUUCAACAGCUACGUCACAGAGAAAACGAGGGAGGCUUUCAAAAUUGACCCCAGAACCGGGAUCAUCACUGUCAACGGCGUUUUGGAUUAUGAAACCACACAAAUCUAUGAGAUUGACGUCCAAGCCAAAGAUUUAGGUCCAAACUCCAUCCCAGCCCACUGCAAAGUCACGGUGAAUGUGAUGGAUACCAAUGAUAAUCCACCUGUCAUCAGUCUGCUCUCACUCAACACAGAGAUGGUGGAAGUCAGUGAGAACGCACAGCGUGGAUAUGUCAUCGCGCUGGUGAGGGUGUCAGAUAAGGACUCCGGCGCAAACGGGAAAGUGCAGUGCAGGCUGCAGGGCAAUGUUCCGUUCAGACUGCAAGAAUAUGAGAGCUUCUCCACCAUACUUGUUGACGGGAAGCUGGACAGAGAGCAGAAAGACACGUACAACCUGACCAUCCAGGCGGAGGACAGCGGCACUCCGCCUUUACGCGCCACCAAAUCUCUGGUUGUCAAAGUCACGGAUGAAAACGACAACCCGCCCCACUUUCUGAAGCCCCACUAUCAGGAGAUGGUGAUGGAGAACAACCUUCCUGGUUCGUGUCUGCUGGCUGUGUCGGCAGAAGACCCGGAUCUGGGCAUGAACGGCACCGUUUCCUACUCCAUAGUCCCCGGUGAGAUUAAGCACAUGGAUGUAAACACAUAUGUCAGCAUCAACCCAUCAGGCCGCAUUUACUCCAUGAGAUCCUUCGACCAUGAGUACACCAGAACUUUUGAUUUUAAAGUUUUGGCACGAGACAACGGCAACCCCUCCCUGUCCAGUAACGCCACGGUGCGCAUCGUGGUGCUCGACGUGAACGACAACACACCUGUGAUGACGAACCCACCGCUGGUUAACGGGACAGCGGAGGUCUCCAUCCCCAGAAACGCCGGGGUGGGUUACAUGGUGACCCAGGUCAAAGCAGAUGAUUACGACGAGGGGGAGAACGGGCGGCUGACCUACACCAUCUCGGAGGGGGACAGGGCUUUCUUUGAGAUCGACCAGGUCAACGGGGAGGUGCGCUCCACCCGGAUGUUUGGAGAAAACGCCAAAUCCUCCUAUGAGAUCACGGUGGUGGCAAGGGACCACGGCAAGCCCUCCCUGUCCGCCUCGGCCUACAUCAUGGUGUACCUCUCCCCAGACCUGAACGCGCAGGAGCCUAUCGGAUCUGUCAACCUGUCCCUCAUCUUCAUCAUCGCGCUGGGCUCCAUCGCAGCCAUCCUCUUCAUCACCAUGAUUUUUGUGGCAGUCAAGUGCAAGAGGGACAACAAGGAGAUCCGGACAUACAACUGCAGUUUCUUCUACUUGCGCAGGGUGGCGGAGUACUCAUACGGCAACCAGAAGAAGUCCAGCAAGAAGAAGAAGCUGAGCAAGAACGACAUCCGGCUGGUGCCACGAGACGUCGAGGAGACGGACAAGAUGAACGUGGUGAGUUGCUCGUCUCUCACCUCCCCGCUCAACUACUUCGACUACCACCAGCAGAGCCUGCCGCUGGGCUGCAGGCGCUCCGAGAGCACCUUCCUCAACGUGGAGAACCAGAACUCACGCAAUGCAGCUCCCAACCACGGCUAUCAGCACCCGUUCACAGGGCAGAGUCACCAGCAGCCAGACCUCAUCAUCAACGGCAUGCCACUGCCUGAGACGGAGAAUUAUUCCAUUGAUUCCAGUUAUGUGAACAGCAGAGCCCACCUCAUUAAAAGGCCCCCAUGCAGCACAUCAACAUUCAAAGACCUGGAGGGGAACAGUCUGAAGGACAGCGGCCACGAAGAGAGCGACCAAACCGACAGCGAGCACGACGUCCAAAGAGGACACUAUGUUGACACGGCUGUCAAUGACAUGCUGAACAUGACUGCCCCCCCUAAUGUUUGCCAGCUGCCAGACCAAGACACCACCGAGGGUUUUCACUGCCAGGACGAAUGUCGCAUCCUGGGACACUCGGAUCGCUGCUGGAUGCCCCGCGUUCCAGUGCCGGCUCGUGCCAAGUCGCCCGAGCAUGCCCGCAACGUCAUUGCUUUGUCCAUCGAGGCCACCACAGUGGAUGUGCCGCACUACGAGGAUGGCACCAUCAAGAGGACUUUUGCCACCUUUGGCAAGGAUGGGCCGGAAGAUGUGGAACGGGGAGAAAUGAAGGGAAAGCGGACUCAGGAGUCUCAGGUGUGCAGCCCCAAGGCCAAUGGAGGGGCAGUUCGUGAAGCUGGCAAUGGGCGCGAGGCUGUCAGUCCCAUUACAUCCCCCGUGCACCUGAAGAGCCCCCUUUCUAAGCCAUCAUCUGCCUACAACACACUGAAAUGUCGCGAUGCAGAGCGAAUCGCCAACCACAGCCUGCUGCGGCAGCCGGAGGGGAAGGACAGUGAGCCGGCUGUCCGGGAAAUCAACACUCUCCUCCACGAUGGCCGAGACAAGGAAUCCCCCAGCAGCAAGCGCCUCAAGGACAUAGUGCUUUAGCAAGCUUUUCAAUGGCACACAUGUAUACACAUUUACAGUGUAAAGUCACACACAUAUUUACAUAUAGAUAUAUAUACACUCGCAAUAUCUGUGUGUACACAGAAAGUCCGGCUGUGGACGUGUAGAGACACACCCAUUUGCAGAACGCAAACCUCAGAAUCAGCUUGGGCUGAUGGGAGCUGGAGUACGCUGCAGCUAGUUGUGUGCUCAAGUCCAGGUAGUGGAUGUGGCUUUGUUGUAGUCGCAGUACUUUUCCCUUGUUUGCUUUCGUUUGUUUUUUUUCAGUCUGCAAAGAGUGAACAGGCGGGUUACUGUUGACUGCAUGGACACGACCAGCAGAGCUCUUCAGACUCGGAGCCAAAGCAGGACGCUACGUGUUUGGACACCUGAGAUGCCAAUUCUGACGCAUAGUUAUGCCUUUUGAACUACUUUUGUAUCUGAAUCGGACUUUUUGCCUUCUUUGGUUUAAGCAGUCAAAAAACGCUCUUUGUUCCUUUGUAUAGUGAGCUCCGUCACUGUAAUAAACAACCACAGACAUACACAGGAUUCAUCUACAAUUACUGUCAGUUCACUCCUGCAGCAGCAGAAGAGGCCUCUCGGUCAUGUUGGCUCCUCUUCCUGACUAAUAAGCGAAGCUUUUCUCUGCUUUCCUCUGAGGACAUCCUGGCGUUAUGAGACUGCAAGGUCCUCAGUUUUUUUUAUAUUUCAUCACCGAUGGAGCUAAACGAACUAUCUGCCAAGCUGCUCUGAACACUGGAAGUGGGACAGACAAAUCUUUGUGUUCGAAAUGAGUUGUAUGAAAAAAAAAAGAAAAAAAAAAGACUUCCUGCUUUUGAAAUCUCCUGUGCCCAACCUUGAUUGUAGCCUGUGGAGCACAAAUUAGAGCUUUGUGCUUUGGUCUUGUACUUUUUUUGACUUUUGACUAUGGGGCUAGGAUAGAAGGGAUCGUCACUCAUGUCUAUGGCUAUGUAAAACUCUGUAUAGGGUUUACAAUUAUGAUUUUUAAUAACCUGUUGUUAUGUGACAAUCCCUUUAAUGUUUUGUUUCAAGAGAAAAAAUAAAUAAACAUUGGUGUUCAACUGAAGCUACAGUAGCGUUUGUUACACAAACACAAAAAUGAAAAAACAUAUAUGCCAAAAUAUAUUUUAUAAAUAAUUUAAAGUGUAUAAUGAGAAUAUUUAAUGCUGUGUAGUUAUUUUAUGAGUAAGUUAUAACUUGCUUCAGUUCAUUUGUCAUUUGCUUUUAUAUUGAACCUUUUUUUUUAUCUCAAGAAGGAAUUUGGAUUAUUAUUUUUUGUUUACUGUGUGAUCCCUGGCAACCGUUGACUUGCAGUCUAACUUGUUGUAAAGAGUUUCUUAUUGGUCAGUUCUUGUGCCAUCCAGUUUCUGUGUGGGCUACUAGAAAAUGUAAAAAAAAAUUCCCCAAAAAAACAAAACAAAAUAAAAGAAAAAAGGAAAAAAAAAACUCAGCACCAACAUUAGUGUGUCCGUUCAGUGAGCUUAGAGUGAGAUAGCAAAAAGAAACCAAAAAAAAGUAAAAGAUGCAAACACAACCGUACAGAUCUGCAGGAUGUUGCUUGAUCUCUGUGAAUGGAGAAAGAACAGCUUCCAGUGUUCUUCAGGCUUUAACAAUGUACCACUUACAGGUCAGCUUUCCUACUGGACCAAGUCAAGUUCAAACAAGAUUUUCUUCAGCUUCAGACGACGUGCACACUGCCUUUGCUCAGUGCAGCUGUCUCCCUGUGCCAUCUGUGUUCAGCUGAUCUCAAAGAUGAGGUAGAACCCACAGUGGUAGGAGCAGCCCCCUCCCCUCCCCUCCUACGAGCACCACACAACAGACUGGGUGGAAUCCUGUUUGAACAAACUAAGGUCCGAGAACAACCAUGUUGCACAUCUGCAAUAUGGUUUGAUGUUGCUUUUGCAGUAAAAACACAAUGUGCAAUGUGGAAAUAUAUGAAUGGAAAUGGAAAAAUUUGCAUACAACAAACUAGAUCUUGUAGCUGAAUGUUUUGCUGGUCUCACCCAUGGCUUCUGGCAACAUGAAAAUCGGAAUAAUCACUGAAUGUAUACAGCAGCUUAUAAUUAAACUAUUAAAUGUUCUCA